CGCAAAAGUUAGGAAAGUCUUCUCCAACUAUUUUUAUGUUGAAACAUUUCAUUCGAGAACCUUUUGCCUAAUGGGUCUUUGCGGAUAUAUGUUUAUAAUAUCAAAUCAGGGGAAAAAUGAUUUUGUCCUCCGUAUCAUUCAUUCUAUGCAGCAGACGUGGCUAUGGAUAAAUCAAAUCUCAGUGACAACUAAUUCAUUCAGUGUUAUCUCGAGACAAUUCUAACAUUUUAGCAAUUGGCGAUUUAACUACUAUGCUCUACAAGCUUCAGAGCCUAGAAGUGAUUUCCAGAAUCAUUAAGCAUGAGCACAUUUAGCUACUUGUAACUUGUUCUCUUGUGACCAAUUACAUACAGAUUUGUUGCGACAUUCCUGGAAGUCUCACAAUUCUUUUCAGAAGCACUGGCUAUCUAAUGGAGAUUUUUAGACCAAAGAUAAAGCUUAAAGGUGCAAAUAAAGCAGCAGAUAUUGACCAAUCAGAAGGAACUCAAAACCAAUUCAAGGGUCUUCCAAUUGACAGUGACACCUAUGCACAUCAUGGUGAAGGUUUUUUUCCAGUCAUAACUGGAGGUCUCAAGCGAAAGAGGGCCCCUAGGGCUGGAGAAAGGAAAGCAAAGGAUAAACAACCUUUCAUGUUUAGCAAGGUUUCAACCAUGCAGUCUGUUCCAACAGGUGAAGAAGAUCUAUUAGAUGAAGAUGACAAUGCAGGCAAAGAGGGGGUUGAAGAAGGUGCUAGGAUGAGUGAUCAAAGGCAGGUUAUUACAGGGAGAAAUAGAGUCAAUGUUGAACCAGUUGAAGUAAAAAGCAUGGAACCAUUUCAACAGAGACGAAGACAUUUGAAAGUAAAGGUUAAAACAUCAAAGUCUCAAGAAGGAUCUUCUGUUCCUCCUGAAAAGUCAACAAGUAGUGACAAUGAAAUUUCACCAAAGUAUAUGAAGAAACACCAGAAGUCUGCUUCAGACAACCCAGAGAAGCUAGGCAAUAUAGUCUUGAAGCCUGCAAGGCCUCUUGAUCAGCCAACCCCUCCUAGGCAAGGCAGGCCUCCAAAUAAUGAAAUGAGAAGCAGCCCAAUUCACGGUGAAAUGGAGAAGUUGCACAGUAACUCAGAAAAUCAGGAGAAAAAUAUGGUACCAAUACAUCAGAAACCUAGAAUGCAAUCUCUUGCUUUCGAGAAAGGUCCAGGCGAUCAGUCUGAGUACAAUGAAAAAGAAUUGAAGGAUGCUUUGACGGUUGUUAAGAAAAUCAUGAAAAUGGAUGCGGCAGAACCCUUCAAUACUCCAGUGAAUCCUGUUGCUCUUGGAAUCCCAGAUUAUUUUGAUAUCAUAGACACACCGAUGGACCUGGGCACAAUAUGCAGUGCAUUGGAAAGAGGUGAGAAGUACAGGAACUCUAGGGAGGUUUUUAAGGACGUUCAGUUUAUCUGGGAGAAUUGCUAUACAUACAACAGAAAAGGGGAUCCCAUUUUGGAUCUUAUGAAAAGGGUGAAAAAGAAUUUUGUUAAGUAUUGGACUGCAGCUGGCUUAUACUAUGAGUCACCAAAGAGAACAGCUGGUGGACAAAAUUCUGGGCAAGGAGAUGCUAUUUUAAGUCAUGAACAUGAUGGACUGGAUGAGUCAGAGAUGGAACAUCAAGUUAGAGAGAAUCCAGAUGGAAACAAAGAGACACAAACAGGCAAGACGAAUUUCAUUACACCUGAACAGCUUUCUUUGAAUGUUUCAGAAUUGAAGGAUGAACAAGUUUUAGUUGAGCAGGUAGCUGAAGAGAGCGGGAGAAGGGAAGAGAAGGUUUGCCAGAAAGCUGUUGAAGAAAUUAAAGUUCAACAUUAUGUUCAAGAAUCAAAGGCAGAAAUGGAUAUUUUAGAGUCUACUCUGAAAGAUCCUGUGAUAAAAAACAAAGGGAUGAAAGUUAAGAUUAAAAAAUCAAUAUUUGAAUAUGAAACUCAAGAGAACAAUGGAUCAAUUAUUGAGAAGGAAGAUCCCACGUCAAUUGGGACAGAUGAAGAGAGUGGACCUAAAACUGUUGAUUCUGCUAAGUCUCUGCAGGAGGAAACUCCGCUUCAGGAUUUACAUCCAAAAGCCAAGACACGACGGCGACAUGGUAAAUAUCAGCAUAAGGAUGGAUGCUUGUGUGCAGUCUGUGUUGCAAGACGGCGCAGAUAUGCACGUGAAGAAAAUGCUCAUCUUGCCAAGGGCCAAGCUAUAAUGGUUGAUGCUGACAUGUCAGAGAAGAUGAACGAAAAAUCCAAUUGUUGGCAGGUAAUUGAAUUCCCUAGAAAACUCCUCGGUAAUGAAGAUGGAGUCAAACUAGAGCAUGUGUCGAGUGCAAAUCUAAUUGCCCAUCCAGGUGAGCAAGGGGAUGACCAGAGGGUAGAAAGUCAAAAACAUGAAGGCAGGGGUCAAGACAAUGAAGAGAUUUGCGAGAAUGAGGGCAGUGGGAAACGUACACAAGAUAACAGAAAGAAACAAUUUCCAGGGCACAAAAAGUUAGAAAUGCAUUUGGUAAAAGUAGCACAUCAGGAAGAGGAAAAGGAACCUCUGAUGCAAAAAGAAUCACUAAUGCAACUGGGAGAAGAGGAAGAGCAGCUGGAUGAAAAAGGGUCACAAAAACAACAAGAAGAAGAGGUGCAGGAGGAAGAAGUAAAAGAUGGACAGACACAGGAUGAAGAAGAGACUCAACAGCAAGAGGAAGUGGAUAUACAACAACACGAGGUGGAUUCUGGAGGAUAUCAUUCUGCAGAUUAUGAUAUCCCACUGCAAUACGCAAAUCCUUCAAUACUACAAAUGUGUGAGGCAUUAUUUACACGCAAAUGCUAUUCCUUUUGUAAUCAGCCCCAUUCAUUAAAUUAUGAACCUAAAAAAACACUCUCAGAAAAUAAGAUUCUGGCUGCUAUGUCAACAUUUAUGGACUAGGUUGUAUUCUUUGAUGGUUUGUAUACAUGUCAGGGUUAUUGUUUCAAGGAGAAUUUAUUCUGAAAAUUGUUUUAGUUUAUGCACACAUAUCCUUAACUGUAAAGAGAAGGAUGUUUAACUUCUUAAACAAUAUUUGUUGGGUGUAUGUAUAGAUACUAUACCUGUCUGCUGUAUUGCUUACUUUUACAGAGACAAAAAAUAAUAUUAUAAUAUUUUAUUGAGUUAAUA